CCGAGAGUUGCUGGGAACAUUUCGACGUCUUAACUGAGUGGUUCCCCGCAACGAUCAGAAAGCUAAGAAAACAGAAGAGGCUAUUAGUCAAGUGGACGAGCAGGAUGUCCCAGGAGGGGAGCUGCUGCUGAUUCCAGGCUGGACACCGAAGGAGAUCACUGGUGAGGCGGGACUGGCUGAUCAUUGGCAGGAUUCAAACUUAACCAGAAGUUUGGGAACACUUCGUCGCAUGAGACCGCAGCCAGAGACUAUGGAGCAGAAUGAAAUGAUUAACAUUGUACCCUGCAAUGAAGAGGAGUACCCACUAAUUGAGGGUGAUAAUAUAAAGGAUAACAUUGACUUUGUCCUAGUAGUGAAAAAAACAGAGAAUGCCAAUGGCAAAAAUAAAACUAAUAGGCAACUUUAUCUGAAAAAAUUAAAUGAAAAGGGCUUCCAAAUAAUGAAAAAAGAAGAUGCCCAAAAUCUGUAUUUUGGAAUUCAAGCCCAUGAAGAGAUCUUUGAGAAGUACAUCCAUCACUUAAAUAUCUCUCAGAGAAGAUAUAAUGACUGUAAACUGUCCACUAUUUCAAAAUCAGCCAGAAUUCGAAUUAUAAAUUUUAUUCUAUGGAAAACAAGGUAUUCAACGAAAGAUGAUCAAAAUGAAGAUGGUCUAUAUGCCAGCAAUUCUCUGAACAACUUAUUGAAAGAUGGUGCAUUUCAUGCAGUCUUCCCGCUUCAUGAGCAAGACAUUCGCAAGAAAGAAGGCAAGUUGCACAGUGAAUGGGCGAAGUGGAAAUGCUUAUUUAAGAAACAACCCAUCAAUGAAAUAAGGGAAUAUUUUGGAGAGCGGAUCACCUUGUAUUUUGCCUGGCUUGGCUGGUACAACACCAUGCUGAUCCCUGCUGCUCUAUUUGGAGUCUUAGUCUUUCUGUAUGGAUUAAUGUAUUUUGAAGACGAUCAAGUGAGUAAGGAAAUUUGCAGUGCUACUGAGAUUAUUAUGUGCCCAUUGUGUGAUCAACGUUGUCAAUACUGGAGGCUCAAUGAGACCUGUUCCUAUGCUAAGGUCACACAACUGUUUGACCAUGAAGUAACUGUUAUUUUUGCAAUGUUCAUGGCAAUCUGGGCUACAGUAUUUUUGGAGGUGUGGAAAAGAGCCCGAGCAAGAGCUGUCUGCUUGUGGGAAUUAUACCACUGGGAUGAAGAUGAGGAGGAUCUGGUUCUUGGGUUGAUAUACAACCCUAACGUUCCACCAAAAGAAUAUCAUCAUUCGUACAAACGCACAACGAUAGUCAUGUUUCUGGCAUGUGUUCUGAUCACAUGUAUUAUUGGCAUUGCACUUGGAAUUGUGAUAUGUCGGGUUAUUGUUGCUGUUCUGUUCACAAAGUCUUCAUCAGCGUUUCUGAGUGAUCAUGCCUCUACAGCCGCUGUAAUGGUCGGUGCUUUGUUGCAUUUCUUUACAAUUCUCAUCAUGACUAAGAUUAAUCGCAGAGUUGCCAAGAUGUUAUGUAAUUUAGAAAGGCCGCGCACCCCACUGGCACAAGAAAACAACUUCACUGUAAAAAUGUUCACAUUCCAGUUCUUCACAAUGUUUUCAUCCAUCAUUUACAUUGCAUUUUUUCUAGGGAGGAUUAAUGGUCAUCCAAGUAAUUAUGUGAGAAUAGCAAGCCAGUGGCGUCUAGAGGAGUGCCAUCCAAGUGGCUGCAUGACAGAUCUCUUCAUUCAAAUGGCUGUUGUCACGAUACUGAAGCAGCUACUGAGCAGCUGUGUGGAGUAUGCUGUCCCAUCCUUGAAACAUCAAUGGAAGAGAUAUCAUAAAAAGAUCCUAAAGGAAGAUGUGAAAGAUGGAAUUAAGGAUCAUUGGAUGAAAAAUUACAGCCUGAACAGUGUUGAUUCCUUUAGCUUAUUCAAUGAAUUUUUGGAAAUGGCAAUUCAAUACAGUUUCACCACGAUAUUUGUUGCAGCCUUCCCACUGGCUCCACUAUUGGCACUUGUGAAUAAUCUAUUUGAAGUUCGACUGGAUGCUCGAAAGAUGCUAUUGCUUCAGAGACGGCCAAUACCACGAAAAGCAAAAGAUAUUGGGAUAUGGGUGAAAAUCCUUGAGGCAAUUGGCGUUCUGGCUGUCAUUGGAAAUGGGCUGGUGAUUGCUAUCACAUCUGAUUUCAUCCCGCGAUUAGUUUAUAUGUAUGAAUAUGGUCCAUGUGCAAGAGGACACAGUUCAGUUGACAAUUGUUUGACAGGAUACAUUAAUAACAGUCUCUCGGUGUUCUAUGUGAAAAAUUUUGAGAACGAAACUCGUUUAAAGGACAAUGGAUCAGAAACACUGGGAUUCCGAGUAAACUAUUGCAGGUAUCGUGAUUACAGAACUGCUGAUGACCAUGAAUAUACAAUUCAGUUCUGGCACAUUUUUGCUGCUCGUUUGGGGUUUCUUGUUUUAUUUGAGAAUGUUGUUGUUUGCAUCAAGUAUAUUGCAGCUUGGUUUGUUCCUGAUGUUCCAGCUUCAGUGACAAAUCAAAAUCUACAGCAAAUGUAUGACCGACUACAGAAGGAACUGCAGAUGUCAUCUGGAGAAAUUCCUGAUAAUCGGUCACCUAAUGUGUGCAGGCAACAGACAACAACUGUGUGAACAUUUUGAAAAUACGUGUGCCAGUAAAGAUUUAACAAUUUCUGCCUGGCUCAGAAUUGUCCUAAUAAUAUAUUUACUUGUAUAUUAUUGUACUGGAUUAAAAACACUUUGAAAAGAGGUGGAUUUUGAUGAAAACAAAAUCACAGCUUACACAGCUGUUUUUUCUCAAUGAAGAACAUCCUAAUUAAUUAUGAACUGCAUUGCAGAUAGAAGAAAUCCAUUGAAAAAAAUCAGUUUCAUGCAAACCAAACUGAUCAUUGUUCAUAUUUCUUCAUGCUUAAAGUUACUGACUAAAUGAGCCCAUAUGUCCUGAUUUGUGGAACAAGUCAGAGAACUAGACUGACAUUUCAAAUUCGAAGUCAACAGCAGAUGAUUUGCAUCAAGCAGGUAUAACUCUACAAACUUCAACCUGGAAAAUCUAUAUGCCUUCAGUAUGCAACUAGGAGAAUCUUUGAAACACGUCUUCUGUACCUCAAAGCUUGGACAAUAUAUUUGGGAAAAAAUUCCCGGGAAUUGAUAGUCCUUUGAUAGGGAAAAGAAAUCGUACUUUAUUAUCUUCAAUAUCCUUUUACAGAAUUAGAGUGAAGUUCAAUCUGAUUCUGGGACAGCAAAAUCACGAUACCUGACAUGUAAAUGGCACUUCCCACCCAUUGGCUACAAAAAGGAACGUGCCAAGAGAUAUCUAAAUGUUCACUCCUUGGGAAAAGCUGGGGUUCCCUUUCAGAGGUUUUCAGUUCAACUGUUACCACAGUUUCUCCUUUACUGGUAAGAUUGAUUUACAUUUUGUGUACUUAAUUAUUUUAGUUUAUUUAUAUAGCAUAGACUCAGGCUUGAAAUGGAGAUGGAUGUAUCAAUGAAAAUGACACAAAAGAAAAAUAAAUGGUCACCACUGUCAUUAGUGGGAGUCACAUAAAUUAAAAUAUAUAAAAAUAUGGCAAUUCAAUUAAAUCCAAAGAGGAAUUUGCAAAUUUUGCCAAGUUCAAAAUCCUCUGUGUCCAAGAUUAUUCUCAACAAAGCUGAAAAUAAAGAGUUAAAGGGGAAAAAAAUCAAUAGCUCUUUUAGGAGUCAUGGAUCCAAAUUAAUCCUUUAGUAUUAGUUAAAUGUGGCAGAGGAUCUAUGAGUUUUGAACAGUGUAGUAUGCUGAAUGGUUGCCCACGGCAGCAUCCCUUCACCCACCGGCUCCCUUAUAGAAAUUAGUACCAUUUAACUGGUAGUGAAACAAAAACCCAAGAAAAAUAAUAGGAAAAAAGCCAAUCCAACCAACAAGGCUCUAAUUACAUACACACACAGCAUAUAAUCCAACUAUAUUUCUAAUUAUCCUUACAUGAUCCUUCGAUUUGCCUCAUUGAUUAUUACUAACAUUCAACCUUCAAGGAGCAAAACAGUUUUUUAAAACUGUAUAGAAAAUUCUUCAGGAAAAGAGUAAAGUUUUCAUCAAUGCCCAAAAAUCCUCAAGUGUGAGCAAGAUAUUUUUUAAAUAAAGCAGAUAAAAAUGAUUACGGAUUAAUUAAUGACCAUCGAAGUGAUUGUGGGCACUUAAAUGAAAUGUUUAGUAAAAAAAAUUGUUGUUCCAGCUGCUAGGCACUGCAUUAGGUAAAAUUUUGCAUAUUCUGGUCUUACAACCUCAGCAGUUCUAGACUUGGAAUACUGUGCGAGUAUUGUUGCAGUGGAUGAAUUAAAGCCAUUUGAGUGAUUGUAAAAGGUGGGGAUGAACACAUCAUUGAGGCUACAGAUUGUGUCCCAGGCAUGGGGAUAUGCACUCUUCAGUCUUCUGCAUGAGUUAACAUUUUACUAUCUUUGGCUGAGGAACAAUCAUGUGCUCAGAUGUAUCAACAUGAGUGAAAUGUAGUGCAAAUCCAGUUGUCUGAAAACUUCAUUUCAUCAUAUUCAAAAUAUAACAUUAAUGAUAAAACUCUAAUACAAGAGUACAGUUGCAUUUUUGUAUGUGUUCCAAAAACUGAUUUCAAUCCUUCCUUUGUAUAAAAUGAAUUUGCUUUUCUACAGAACAAAGUAUGAAGUUGAAAAAUAAUUACCAUUUCCCUUUUUCUCAACCAUGGUACUUUCAUUCUCUGCUGUUUUUUUUGCCACUUUGGAACAUUAGAACAUUGGAACACUUUGGUAUAGAAUAGCUACAGCUUUUUAGAUGUAAUGAUGAUGGCAAAAAGACCAUAGAUAUCAAUUCCACAAAAAUGUGAGACACCGCAAUUAUGCAGUUAACCACACCUUCAAUGGUAAUGACGUCCAUGGUGCAAUCAUCUCAUAUUUUCAGACAUAUUGCCACCAAUAGUGGUUUUGGUUUUCCACUAGUGCCUGAACAAAGUGGCCAGAGAUGGUAAUAUUUCAUUCAACAAGCAGGGGUCACUUAUUUUCUCACAGUCAGGGUGGUAAAUUUGACUGCCAGCUCAGUGCACUCUCUCAAACCCAAAGAGCUGGUUCUCUCAAAAAAAGUGUUACUCUUGGAGGACAGUUGCAGAAAACUCAGAUUGCCUAUCUCAAAAGCAGAUCUACACCUAGAGGGCCCGUAAGGUGGUGCAUAUCGUUCCAAAUACAAUGGAUAGAAAACUAAAUACAUGGUGAAAACCACAAACUGUUCAUUUACAUAAUUUACAAAAUAAACAAGC